CUUGACACGUCAGUUUUAAGGUUAUAGGAUCAUGAAAACAUAUAUUUUGAUGUAAAUAGUUAAUUUAAGAUAUAACCAUGGGUGAUUAUACCAAUUCGAAUCAACAAGACUAUUAUUGGCCGCAACAGCCUGCUCAUGUGAAUCAAGAUUAUUAUGAACAAGAUUAUAAUCAAUUUCAAAAUCAAUAUUUAGAAUUCAACACAAAUGCAGAAUUCAUUGAUCAAAAUUACGCAAAUACCCCAAUGCAAAUGCUAAUUCCUGAACCAUACGAUACCUUGGGUAAAGAAAGAGACGAAUUUGAUGAGCCUCCAUUACUAGAAGAAUUAGAAAUAUAUCCAGAUAGAAUAUUGGAAAAAAUAAUAGCUGUGUUGAAUCCUUUGCGGGGUCACAGCCUUGCCGAUGAUGCAGAAUACCUUACAAAAGAUUCAGAUUUAGUCGGGCCUAUAUUUUUCUGUCUACUUCUUGCUGCCACUCUAUUUUUAGCUGGGAAAAGCGGAUAUAUUUACGGAAUCUCGAUGAUUUCCUGCAUUUUGAUGUACUUUUUGCUUAAUUUAAUGACUCCGGCUAGUGGAACUUUUAGUAUAGCAACUGUUGGAAGCAUUUUAGGCUAUUGUUUAAUCCCAAUCGUCGCUCUCUCUAGCAUAGGAAUAUUUUUCAAACUCAAUGGACCGCUGGGAUUAGUUUUAGCAAUUUUAACAGUUAUUUGGGCCACUUUAUCAGCAUCGAGAUUGUUUGUUGCAGUGUCUGGUGAUAAGGAACAACAACCUCUUAUUGCUUACCCUUGUAUGUUGGUUUACGGUGUUAUUACAUUAUUAGUACUCUUUUAAUUCAACAAAUUAUGUUCAAUUUAUAUUUUAAAGGCGUUGUGCUCAAAGAAAUCUGUAUUUGUAAUAUUGGCAUAAUUUUAUUAUUCUGUAUUCAAUUUAACUAAUAUUUAUUUAAAUUUAUUCCUACCAAGAUAGCAAUUAGAAUUAAUAAUUUUUAAUAAAUAAAUUUAUACUCG